AUGCCACGCGAUAAUUUGCGCCGUGCAAUCGAAGAUCGCUAUCGUUUGCAUCGAAAGAUUAUGCGGGAGCCCGAAAAUAUGUCAGAGGAGUCCUUACUUAGCACAACGCACAAUAACGAUGGACGUGUCGAACCUCACGAUGAUCAAAGCUACCGUAGUCAUACUCAUAGUCAUGCUCAUCGUGGCCACAAACUUAACCCAAUACCCUUUUUUUACAAUCAUGGGCUCACCCGUACAGCCAACCCUAUUCUCAAUGCCCAGUCAGGUCGACGUCCUAUAUCCACUGGAAACCCAGCCGUAAUCGGGAACUGGUCUUUUGCUGUUGUUACUAUCCUACUGGGUACAUUCAACAUUUUUUUGCCCGAUAAAUCCAACCACAUCAUUCUACCUACAGCUAUAAUGUUUGGCGGGCUUGCACAGUAUGUAGCAGGUUUCAUUGAUUUAUAUUUCGGAGGUACAUUUUCAGGCACAAUAUUGGUAUCUUACGGCGCUUUCUGGACAGGCUCUGGAAUGUUUAUGCUCCCAACCGUUUAUCCUACUUUAUCAUCCUUGGACGAUGAGAGAGACUUAGGGCGAGCAAAUGCUGUAUACAAUUUUCUUUGGGCGGCAUAUACUCUUAUGCUGGCAGUGAUAUCUGUUAAAGUAAAAAACGGCACUUUUGUCCUCACAUGGAACCUCUGGUGGGUUUUCAUGACAUUGCUGUUCACAGCCAUAUACAAUAUUACAGACAUAGUGCCAAUUCUACGUGUUAGUGGUGUAUUCGCAUAUCUAGCUGCACUGGGGGCAUUUUACAGUGGAAUUGCAAUCGUAAUGGAAGAGCAAGGUGUACAAAUGUGGGUUGGUGCUUUCAGACCUUAUUCAAAUGACUGA